UUUCCCUUUCACGGGCUCCUCACUGAUUGGCGCUGGUUCCGGAGGGAGGGGUGAGUCUGUACUACGACACCCACAAACACUCUUCCACACUUGGUCUCCUGUCUAGGUCCCCGCAGUAAAAUAAUUUGCAUUAAACACAGGCUCCAGUUCGAGCUGAGUGGUCGCCGCACUAUUGCAAACCCCCCGUCGUGGGAAGGCGGAUUAAUUUUAAUAGCAGAGCAAAGGAGAAAGGAACGAAACAACACUUUGGUAAACAGAUCUAUUUUUGUUACUGGCAGAGAGAGAGAGAAAAAAAGCCUGAAGCUAAAGAGAGGACAGAUCUGAAUCUCUCAUUCACGUGGAUUGCAAAGAAGGCAGCGGCACUCUAUUGAGAGGGCGGAGGGUUACCGAAGUUUCAGCACUGCAGGAGGGGUGUGCAGAGGUCGGCUGGUCCCGCAGUGAAAUUGACGAGGCGAGAGAAAAAGUUUGGUGAAACUUACCGGAGAAGUUUGGGGUUGGCGGUCUGUCUGCGACGGUGUUCGUCUCCCUUGUCUCUUACCGAGGACGCGUUCAAGGAGAUCGGUUACUCGAACAUGUCUUCGAUCUUGCCUUUCACCCCGCCGAUUGUCAAGCGCCUGCUGGGCUGGAAGAAGGGAGAACAAAACGGGCAGGAGGAGAAAUGGUGCGAAAAAGCCGUGAAAAGUUUGGUGAAAAAGUUGAAAAAGACCGGCCAGUUGGAUGAGUUGGAAAAGGCAAUUACCACCCAGAGUAUUAAUACCAAGUGUAUAACCAUCCCCAGGUCUCUCGAUGGAAGACUUCAGGUUUCCCAUCGGAAAGGCCUGCCCCAUGUCAUCUACUGUCGCCUCUGGCGUUGGCCGGAUCUUCACAGCCACCACGAGCUCCGAGCCAUGGAGAUGUGUGAAUUUGCCUUCCAUAUGAAGAAGGACGAGGUCUGUGUGAACCCUUACCACUACCAAAGGGUGGAGACCCCGGUUUUACCUCCUGUUCUGGUGCCAAGACACACAGAGAUGCCCGCUGAACUCCCGCCUCUGGAAGACUACACACACUCCAUCCCAGAGAACACAAAUUUCCCAGCAGGCAUUGAACCACAGAGCAACUACAUACCAGAGACACCACCACCGGGCUACAUCAGUGAAGAUGGGGAGACCAGUGACCAUCAGAUGACCCAUAGCAUGGACACCGGGUCUGUGGCUGACCUGUCUCCAAACCCCUUGUCACCAACACACAGUAACCUGGACUUGCAGCCUGUCACUUACUGUGAGCCAGCCUUCUGGUGCUCCAUAGCGUACUAUGAACUGAACCAGCGAGUGGGGGAGACCUUCCAUGCCUCACAGCCUUCUCUGACGGUGGAUGGCUUCACUGAUCCAUCCAACUCUGAGCGCUUCUGCCUAGGGCUGCUCUCCAACGUGAACAGAAACGCAGCAGUGGAGCUGACGAGAAGGCACAUUGGCAGGGGAGUUAGGCUAUAUUACAUUGGGGGAGAGGUCUUUGCCGAAUGCUUGAGUGACAGCGCCAUCUUUGUUCAGAGUCCAAACUGCAACCAGCGCUAUGGGUGGCACCCUGCAACCGUUUGCAAGAUCCCACCAGGAUGCAACCUUAAGAUCUUCAAUAACCAGGAGUUUGCAGCGUUAUUGGCUCAGUCAGUGAACCAGGGUUUCGAGGCGGUGUACCAGCUGACCCGAAUGUGCACAAUUCGAAUGAGUUUUGUCAAGGGUUGGGGAGCAGAGUACAGGCGCCAGACGGUGACCAGUACUCCCUGCUGGAUUGAGCUUCAUCUGAAUGGACCUCUACAGUGGCUGGACAAAGUCCUCACCCAAAUGGGAUCACCGACCAUUCGCUGCUCAAGCAUGUCAUAGAAGAUUGGCUUCAUCUCAGGGAAGACAGCUGCCAGAUUUUAUGGGCCUGGCUGUAGCAGAUAAUUUAUAGAAAAAUAAAACAACAGAAGUUGGAUGGUACCCACCACUGGUGGUUUCUUCAUGAGCAAUAUCAAGUACCAUCUUUGCCACCUCUCCACCAUAACUGUUAGCACUUUCUGUGGCAUUGCUGUUGGGAAAUAUUUACAAAAAGAACAUCGAUUUUCAAUCUCAUUUUCUAAUGGAAUGAAAGGAACUCAUUAUCUCCUGCAACCAGAUGAAUUUUUUUUUCUUCCAAGUACAAGUUGGGCCAUUUUAUAUUAUUUGACUAUUCUAUGUCCUACUUCCAUGCAGCUACUGUUCAUUCAAGUUGUACAGACAAGUGGAUCUGGUUGUUUCCUUCCAGCAGCGUCAUGAAAUUUUUGAUUGAGCCAAGGGUGGCCAUUGCCAUGGUAACUCAAACCAAUUUGUUUCAUUUAAGCGGGAAGCUGCAAAGCCCUUCUGCCAUUCACCAUCAUUCUUUUGUAAUAUGUGAUGGUUUGGAACUCUCAGUGGUCCUUCUGCCAUGUCCAAAUAUCACAUGAGAUGUUGGAGAAUGAGGGGCCUUUCUAGGACAAUGUUUUGGUGUGCAGGGAGUUGUGAUUCCUUUUGCCAAUAAUGUUUCUUUCCUCCACCUGUUUUGUUUCUAGUAGUAUAAUGGAGGGUCAACUUGCACGCUAACUUCCCGCUUUAAAAGCCCUCCACUUUCGUAGUGAAGAGUUGAAACAGAUUUACGAGCACUUGGUUAUUGUAGCUAGGAGCUGUUCUUUUUGAACAAUCUAACCUACAUUGAGAACGCUAAGAAACGCCAUUGUAUAGUAUUUUUUCUAGGUAAAGCCGCUAUAUGAAUCAGUUGUAGAAGUGUGAAUGUGGUUAACAAGAGUUUAGUUAAGGCAAUUUUUACGUAUUGCCCUCCCUUGCCCUUGGGCUUGUGAUGCCCUUACUAUACUCUCCAAUUCCCACAUCUUGGGCAAGGUACUGAAAGCAGCUGGUAUCUGUGGAACUGUACCCUAGCGAUAGCCUUUGUAUAAGGGAGCAUUUAUUCACCCUAGUUUCUUUACUUGCUACCUUUACAGUAAUAGUUUUUUUUUGUUAGUUUUGUUUUCGUGAAGGGGUCCAAAUCAGAUUUCCAACACAAGCGAUGUUUGUUUGAGAGAACUGUAACGAUUCAUAGUAAUAAUUGCUGUUGGUUUACCCCAAACAGACAAAAAAGUUUUCAGCGGUGUGGUGUUUUCAUUAAUAACAGACCAAUCUCACAGAAGCAAAAUGGAAAACCAAAAGACUGCAGAUGCUGUAAAUCUGGGGUAAGAAACAAAGGCCAGCAGGUCAGGCAGUAUAUAUAGAGGGAAAUGGGCAGCCAAUAUUUCAGGUCAAGACUCUGAACCAAGACUGGAAAGGGGUGAUAGCCAGUAUAAAUAGGUGGGAAGAAAGGGGCAGGGCAAGAGCUGGCAGGUGAUGGUUAGAUACUAUCAUCUGGAUCAUGAUUUCACUUGCUAACUCUUGUUCUUCUUCCCCACGCCCCCACCCCCACAUUUUUAUACUGGUUCUCUCUCUUCUUUUCUUACAGCCCCAAAGAAGAGUGUUGACCCUAAACAUCGACUGUCCAUUUCUGCCAGGUUUCUCCAUGGCCUUCAUUUGAUGCUCACGGAGGUAAAACUUGCUGCAAUUGAACGGAAAGAUCGAUUCAGGAGAGCACAACAUGACGUUACCCUGCUUACCAGAAGUGAGUGCAUUGGGAUUUUUCCAACAUUCUCAUCUCAUGACUGAAAAGUUUUAGAUCUUAUCUGAAUGUAUCUGGAGGAUUGAUGGACAACGUCUGAAACUAAAGACGGGUUACCAUUCAGGACAAAUAUUCUGCAUCAGAACCAGACUUGGGCAGUUUGUCUUUUCCUUUCUCAGAACAAUCUCCUUGUUUGUAAAGGGAUACACUAGCUGUACCUCAAUUCAAAGCAGGCAGUUAUAACAGCCACCUUCUAUUUCAUAACUGCCUCUGCUGUUAACUGUUGCAACCAGAAUUUCAUCAUAAGGUAAUAAUAAUUGAACAAGAAGUGAAAUAGUUAAUUAAAACUGCUUUAAGCCUGAACUUUGCAGAGCUCUGUAAAUCACUAAGUACAAGGUAAGCACUUAUUGAAAGGUUUGAACUAGUCAGCACAUUUAAUACUUGUAUCGGUGAAGGAAUUUAUAAAGGAAUGAGAAAAAGUGAGUUACAUUGGCUCAAUUUAGACAUGUGACUAACCCCAGAUGAACAUUUCCAGUAUUUUUUUUUCCCCUUUUUAUGCUCUAGAUCUUUUCACCUAACUGGAAUUAUUGAUGCACAAACAUAACAGUAUAAUGAUUAAAUAAACUUAGAAUAAUGAAUAGGCUUGGAGGAUUUCACUGGCACGAUUUACAUAGUCAAAAAUCAAAUUGAGAGAACUCAACCUUGGGUCUCAGAAACCUAAUAGAAGAAAACAGGGAUGGCAGCUAUGAGAUCUUGGGGAAGUAUAGGUUAUAAUUGAUGUAGAAUAUUAAUUUCAAUGUAGCCAAUGUACGUAGAAUGUUUAGGCACUUAGUUAACUAAAGCUAUGACUGAUUUCUAUAGAUACAGCUUUUAAAAAAUUGCAUUACAAUUAUAGAAAUCUCAAGUUCCACACUAGAAUAAUGUCACGGGGAAAGUGACCAGAGGUUGGAAAUAUGAUUCUUAUCAGUUAACCCCCCCACCAUCCCCACAUACACUCAGGGUCCAGUAUCUCACUUAAAUGUCACUUUGUGUGUGAAAUGCAUGAACAUAUGGGAAAGAUAUCGCAAGCCAUGUUUUUCUGUGUUGGGUAGGGAUCAGUAAGUGUCAAUUCACAUGAGAAAUGCUAAUGAUAUUUGCCUAACUUUAGCCCUAAGGAUGAAGUUAGUUGAUUGUUCUAACAGUUUGUCUCACACGAUAUUCUUGUCAUUUUCCACUCUCUAACCUAUUUUACUUCAACGACUUCAUCUAAUUCUUUUUCAACUCUCCCUAUAAGCCCCUUUUAAUUUUGUUCAUCUGCACGGUACUUAUCUUUCCCUUUUGUGACAUGCUCAGUGUACAUCUGCAUAUGGAUUUACCUCUGUAUUAAAGGGAGGGUGCCCUACUAGGUUGGGGCAUUUUUGCAUUUAUCUAAUUUCCAGAAUUCUUGGUGCUGGUUAUUUUUGAUUGACAUAUCUGUCUGUCAUUCCCUCAGUUAUUACACCACAGUGGAAAUGUGUAAAGUGCUGUCUCCUCUCUAGAGAGAAGUUUUAACUCUAGGGAAUCUUAAAGUUUAGUGUUUUUUUUUGACUGGAAAGUAACAAGGGAGGGUAUUUUGUACAACACAACAAAUCACAGGUAAAUGUAUGCUAAUUUCAAGUCACAGGGUUACAAAAUAUCAUCAGGUUACCUGCCUGGAAGACUUUGAUAGAAAUUUUCUGUGUAAUAUUUUUAAUUACCAGCAGCGCUGAUACUUACAUUGGUGUUGCUAUGGGCAAAUGCCACUAGGAUGCUGUCUUUUGGGUAAGAUAACUAACUUGAGACCAAAUUAGCUAGUCUGUACCUUGUAAUCAACCAAGAGCAAACUGACUGGUCAUUGCCACAUUAGCUUCUUGAGGAACUCUGUAUUUCUCCCAAGUGCAUUUUAGCACAUGGCCAGAUGCAUGUUUGAGAGAGAGAAGCACGGAGGCUGAACUUGCCUUUCAUUUGAGGAUUCAUCUCAAAAGAGUGCCAUUGAGCAAAACAGCAGCAAUGUGUCAGACUUGCAGCAGUAAACUUUUGAGGAAGACCAGUCCCUGAUCAUCUGAUAGACAAGAAGUACAGAGUUCUCUCUUAUUUCAGGCAAGUGUUGAGGCUGAGCAGAGGGCUGGUGCUAUUUGCUGUACUUAAAGCAGCCGUAGUGAUGCAUGGGGGUGCCUUUGGGGAGCUGUCCCAACCAUUUUUCUUGCCAUCUCCAUAGGGACAAACAGCUGGCCUCAAUUCCACACCUCAGCACAAACUUACUCAAUCCCUGUCACAGACAUUUCCGUGUGGUUUCCUCUGGCAGCUGGUAACACUUAUGGAGGAAUAUUUCAAGCAUGACUAAAUUAGAUUUCAGAUAGAAGAUUGUAAUAACUGACCUUAGUGUAUACUUUUUUUUAAAAUUGCACUCCUUUACAUCAUUCAUGCUUUAUUUUAAAGUUGCACACAGGAACAAUAUUAGAAUAGUCUGCUCAGGAUUUCCUUGGAUAUAAAACAGUAUUUUGGAAAGCACAUUAACCAAGAUGUCAUGUCUUGUUCCUUAUUGAGCUAAAUGGUAAAUUUUGUCUAUUUUAUUUCUAGCUUUUGAUUGUUUAAAAAUCUCAAAUCCACAAUGCAGAUUUGCAAUACUUGCCCUAUACAGUGCAAUAAUCAUAACUGUAGCUGUACAUUUGUACCUUGGUUGGCAUGAGGGCGUUGGGCUGAAGAGCCAGUUUCUGUGCUAUAUUGUUUGAAAAUCCAGACACACAGUUGCACACAAGACAUGAUUGUUGCAUUGUUGAAGAAAAAUUGUUAUAUGCCUGCCUUGUGGAGGCCCAAACUACAAGACAUCCAUGGAGUGGAAUGUAUCUUGCUUACCUGAAGCAAGAUUGUUAGGAACAAAGAUUUCCUGCUCCUUAUCAUGACGUCCCAACUUUCACCCCCACUCUGUACAGUUAAUUGGCGUCAUCUUUAUUAAUUUAUAGCACGUUGAAAACACCAGCAAAGCUCAUAUUUAUUGGCCACCCCUAAUUAACCCAAACUAUGUGAUUUUCUAGGUCACUUGAAUAGAUAGGUAACGGCCAAAUAUAUUUGUUAUGUUUGGGCUCAGAGGUGUGAAAGAUGAACAUUUCCUGACAAUUCCACACAUCAUUUAAGGCAGUGAGAUUUAUAGGAAGAUGCUGUUUCCUGUUCAGCAUUCCUGCCUGCUGCACCUCCCACAGUACCCUUAGGUCAACUGCAGAGUCAUCACUGGGAACCAUUGCUCAUUGAUGUUUCAGUCCCUUAGCCCUGGUACAUCUCCUGGCAGCGGAGCAGCACCAGGGACACCUCGCUGCCACCCCCUGCAUCUUCCAGUGGAGUUAGUCAGUCGCCCAAUUUCUGUUCUUCCUCCUCAGCCACAGCCCUUUCCUGCCGCCUCAGCCAUCUCUCUGGUGGCCCUCCUGAGCCUCGCUCCAGUCACUGCCAUAUCACGGAGUAACUUUGUCAUUGAUGUGCUGACGAAGUCUUGGCAUCCUACUCCCACAGGGUAAAUGAUGAUCCUCUAGCCAGCUCCCUUACACUCAGCUGCCAGGUCUGAGUACUUCAAACUCUUCUGCUCUUGGACAGCCUCCACUCCUUCCUCCCGUGGGUUGGUUAACCCAGUGAGGAUUGUCCUGCUGGCUGUGGACUACAGUACUAUGAGAGAGUCAGUGUCACUUUAACUAUUUCCUUAGCAGGUUAUUAUUACAGUGCUAAAGAUUUCAACUUACUGAUUUUCUUUUGGUAAUUUUGCAGCAUUGGUUUUGAUACAGAUUAAAUCAACAGAGCACCAUAGAUUCAGGGCAGAUCUUCCAGUCAUUCACCUCAGAGCAGGCUGUUUCUUCCAUAACACUCCAGGCUGCAGUCUUCCAAUGGGAGGUGCAUUCCCAGCCUCAGCAAGGCAGGGCACCCAGCCUUCUUGCAAUGCAAGAGGGUACGAAUAGCAUCAACAGCAUUAAGGCCCUUGCCUUCAGCUGUCAAAGCUCUUCAAAGUAAAAAAUUUAAAUGACUGGCAUUCGCAAUCAGUCAGCAUGUCAAAAAUUAAAACAGGUAGUUUUUUUUUUAUACAUUAAAAGUGAAACAAGCACAAACACUUUAAGCCAAAGGCUUUUCUUGAAUUUAUUGCAUUCCAUCUGACAGCUGAUUUCUCCCGUUUUAAUGAACUCAUUUUGCUUAGCUGCCAUGGGAAUCAGUGACUCUGUUUCCUGGCCCGAGAGCAGGGAAAGUUAGAACUUAGUGCUGCCCUGUUGUUUUCCACAAAGAUACCAAACAGGCUGCACAAGUUUGCAUGGAAUAUUGUGCCACAGGGAUUGCCAUUAUGGAUAUUUCCAGUGGAUCCAGGCAGAUCAGACCUAUUAAUUGGUUCUUAAAGUUCCACUUUGCCUUGGUUUCUCAUGAGUCACACUGACAAGACGGAGGUAAAUGCCCAGGUUGAUGCAAAAGUGUAUAAAAAUAAGUACUUAUGGCCACUAUGUACAUUCAGUUACCACCCACCCAGUCCCUGUCCUGUACUCAGGGUCAGCAAGUAGUUUUGCCUUACAUACAGACAGAACUGAGAAAUCAUGCAAAGAUUUGUACUUUUGUACAUAAGCUCUUUUGUACUUACCCUCCAAUCAAGAAUGAGGAGAAAAAUUAUAGCAGAAUUAGUUGAGACAAUUAAAAUGAACAUUACAUUUUGAAAUUUUACUGUCUAUAAAUCUUUAGCUUGAGCAAGAGACUAGCAUUCAGCAGUACUUCUGUACAUUGCAGAUUGCCAAUUUGACCUGCAGGUUAUCUAGCCCCAUUCCAGCUGCUCAAUCAUGCACCCUGCAGUAGGCUGAGUUACUAAAUUAGCAGGGCAGUACACCAAGGCAUACAUCAUUAGAAGUACUGUCUUGCCCUAGGGCAGAUUUAAGGUAUGCUGCCAUUCUUGUUCAAAGUCCCGAAGCAAUGUGAUGAGACUGGGAUGAGAAUUCCCCUUCUCGUAACUUUGUCAUAACAUCAGAAAAAUGAUUUUGCCCAAGGUCCAUGGAAGACAAUUUAACCAUGUACUUUACUAAUUCAGAAGAAUUAAUAGAAGGAAGUAAUUCUGUGCUAAUACAUUAAAGCAAAGCUUUGAAGAUUUUGUAGUUAGUGUUUAAACAGUUAAGUAGGCUUACUUUUGAUCUUAUCAGAAAGAUGGCAGCCUUCCCAAGCAUGCAGUGCAGUGCAUUAUUGCAUUAAGUACCUCUCCACAACAGCAUCUGUGAUGCCUACAACUGUGGAAUAGUCAAAAUAAAGCUGUGCCCUGGUUAUGUGUUUUUUUUCCUUAUUUAAUUAAAUGUAAUAGAUCUGAAAAGAUUCUUUCACUAAUGAUUGGCCUGUAAAACUAAAGCUAGUUGAAUAUCCAUAAACAUGAGAGACGCUGGAAAUCCAGAAUAACAAAAAAUAAAUGCUGGAGGAACUCAGCAGGUCAAGCAGCAUCUAUGGAAAGGAAUAGUCAACAUUUCAGCCCAAGACCCUUCAUUAGGACUAGUGUAUUACUCUAGUUCAGGGGUUCCAACCUGGGGUGUAUGGACCCCCUCAAUUAAUGGUAAGGCUCCAUGGCAUAAAAAGGUUGGGAGCCCCUGCUCUAGUUGAAUACCUGUCUACAGUAUUGUUUGCUGUUUACUGGGACACAGAUGCCAUUUGGAUCAAUGACCCUGUAAUCUACAUCAACAUUUUACCAAGUUCUGUAGAGGUAUCUGGUUUCUCUCUAAGGAGCAUUAAUCGAUUUAGUUCCAGCAGACAAUGCUGUAUAACUACCAUUUUAAUUAAGAAAAGGUGCUUUCUUGUACUUUAGUGUUUUUUUUUCCUACUUUGAAGUGUUUGGAAAUGGCCAGAAGUUCUUAUGUAAAUGUUUCAAAUGUUAUUAAAGUUCAUUUUAUCACA